AUGGAUCUUCUCUAUGUUAUCGGCUCUUGGAGUAUGGAUUACGCUGUUCCGAAUAGCAAUCUAGUGGCUAAUGCAAUAGUUGUAAGUGUCACACGUGACCAUCGCUACGGGUCUUAUGUGGGCAAUCAAGGUCCGGGUGGCUCCAUGAACUUCUUGAGAUGGAAGCAGCGAAACCGCACCAGUAAGGCCACUUCCAAAUUUCUGGGUUUAAGAGCAGCAUUUGUGUUUUCGUUAUUUUGGCUGCCUCUUUUAUUUUCCCCUUUGUUGGGUACCUCGUGGUAUCAGACCUCAAAACUAUCUUUGCUCAUUUGA